AUGGCACCGUCAAAAAAACAAAACAAUAAUAAAUCGAUUCAAAAGGCAGAUUGGAAAGAGGGCUUCAAAAAGAAACAAGUUGGCGUGUCCGAUAUGACUAUGCUUAGCAAAGUCAACAAUGAGGCAAUAAAUGAAAAUUUGAAAAAACGAUUUGAAAAUGGAGAGAUAUAUACCUAUAUUGGACACGUUUUGAUCAGUGUCAAUCCAUUCAAAGAUCUUGGAAUUUAUACAGACGAAGUGUUGCAUAGUUAUACAGGGAAAAAUAGGCUAGAGAUGCCUCCGCACGUGUAUGCAGUAGCAGAAUCAGCAUAUUAUAAUAUGAAUGGCUAUAAAGAAAAUCAAUGUAUUAUUAUUAGUGGCGAAUCGGGAGCGGGGAAGACUGAGGCUGCAAAAAGAAUCAUGCAAUAUAUUGCAACUGUCAGUGGCGGGAGUGGCACAUCAUCAAUUCAGGAAAUUAAAGAUAUGGUACUCGCCACGAAUCCUCUAUUAGAAAGUUUCGGCUGUGCAAAGACACUUCGGAAUAACAAUUCUAGUCGUCAUGGUAAAUAUUUGGAAAUUAAAUUCAGUCACCAAGCAGAGCCGGUCGGUGCCAUGAUUACAAAUUAUUUAUUGGAAAAGGGCCGUGUUGUUAGCCAAAUUGAAAACGAGCGAAAUUUUCAUAUAUUUUAUCAAUUGACAAAAGCGAUUCCCGCAGAAUAUGAAGAGUUCUACAUACAAGGACCUGAAAGCUAUUUAUACACGAACAGCAGCGGAUGUUUAGAUGUUGAUGGCAUCGAUGACCUAGAAGACUUUUCGGAAACUCUUAAUGCGAUGAAUGUGAUUGGUAUAACAAAAGAAGAACAAUAUGAUAUAUUUCGAAUGCUUGCUAUUAUUUUGUGGUUGGGUAAUGUGCAAUUCGAGGAGGAUGAUAGUGGGAAUGCGUAUAUUAGUGACGAGAAUGUCACAAAUUUAAUCUCCGUAAUAAUGGAAGUUGAGCAUGAAGGUUUGAUGAAGGUUUUGACAAGUCGUGUUAUUGAGACACAGCGUGGUGGUCGUCGAGGUUCAGUAAUUGAUGUACUGCUGAAUCCAGUUCAGGCGUCGGCUAUACGAGAUGCCCUUGCCAAAGCUAUAUAUAACAAUCUUUUUGAAUGGAUUGUGGAACGGAUAAAUUCCGCGAUGCGAGAACGACAUCAGUCCUCAUAUGUUAUUGGUGUCCUCGAUAUUUACGGAUUCGAAAUCUUCGAAGAAAACAGUUUUGAACAAUUAUGCAUCAACUAUGUCAACGAAAAAUUACAACAAAUCUUUAUCGAGUUAACCUUAAAAGCGGAGCAAGAAGAAUAUGUUCGUGAAAAGAUUAAAUGGACACCGAUUGAAUUCUUUAACAACAAGAUUGUCUGUGAUCUGAUUGAAGAAAAACGGCCUCCAGGGCUUUUUGCCGCGUUGAAUGAUGCUUGCGCUACUGCACAUGCCGAUUCCGAUGCCGCUGAUAACUCAUUUGUUCAGCGUCUAGGUUUAUUGUCGUCAAAUCCUCAUUUUGAGUCACGCGGUAGUAAAUUUCUCGUGAAACAUUAUGCCGGUGAAGUAUUGUAUAAUAUACCUGGGAUGACAGAUAAAAAUAAAGAUCAGCUCGUUAAAGAUUUGUUAGAAUUGGUUGCGUCAAGUAACAAUAAUUUUCUGCAGCAAUUAUUCCCUCAUCAAGUUGAUCGUGACUCGAAGAAACGUCCACCUACUGCUGGUCUCCAUGAGAAUAUCAGAGUUCGACGUGCAGGUUUUGCUUAUCGCCAGACAUUUGAAAAGUUUUUAGAUAGAUUUUAUCUAUUAUCUCGAAAGACAUCUUACGCUGGUGAAUAUAUAUGGCAAGGCGAUUCAAAAUCAGGCACCGAAAGAAUUCUCAAAGACUGUGGCAUAGACUCUAAAGAAUGGCAAAUGGGCGUAACUAAAGCUUUUAUAAGACAUCCUGAAACGAUUUGGGCUUUGGAACAUCUUCGUGAUCGUUACUGGCACAACAUGGCGAUGCGAAUUCAACGUGCAUAUCGAAACUACGUUCGCUACAAGCAUGAGUGUGCCAGACGUAUCCAGCGAUGUUGGAAAAAGAACAAGGAUCAGAUUAUCUUUGUCCAAUUACGUGAUUAUGGACAUCAGGUUUUGGCUGGACGUAAGGAGCGACGUCGGUUUAGUUUGCUUAGUAUGCGUAAGUUUAUGGGAGAUUAUUUGGGGGUUGCAAGUCUAAGCGGAGAAGCGUUAAGAAAUGUUUGUAAUAUUGGAGCCAAUGAAGUUGUUGCUUUCAGCAGCAAAAUUCAACUUUUAGUGUCACGUCUUGGUCGUUCCAGUAAACCGAGUCCUCGACAACUCGUAUUGGUUGUAAUCUCGACUCUGGACAAAAAACUACUCACAAUGAAUGUCGAAAGAACGAUACCGUUGAACACCAUAACAGGUGUCGGUCUCUCUAAUCUACGCGACGAUUGGGUAAUACUAAACCUCAACAAUCCCACAAAAGAACUCGGUGACCCGAUAUUCUCGUGUUAUUUCAAGACGGAAUUUGUGGUGCAUCUUUUACAACGUACCGCGCAAGCGAGAAUCACGGUUAAGAUAGAAAAUCAAAUCGAUUUUACGAAAAAAAUAAAUAAGACGGCGCAAAUAAAAUUCGUCAAAGAUGAAACGAUUAAAAAGGAUGAUGUUUAUAAGAGUCAUACAGUCUCGGUGUCAACCGGUGAGCCACCAAAUAGUGUAUCUGAUCCUCCGUGUCCACGUAAAGAUCCUCCCCCACGACCUAUUACAUCAGGAAAAUUAUUAAAAGCCGGUGCAGGUAAUCCUGCAAAAACAAAAACUCUUACCGUCAAUAGAUCUCCAUCUAUUGUCGAAUCAGCCAAAUAUGACUUUAAUAGCUCCGAUUCUGGCGAACUGUCAUUUGUUAAAGAUGAUAUUCUUCAGAUAAUUCAAAAAGAUGAUAAUGAUGAUAAUGGAUGGUGGCUAGCGAAAAAAGAUGGUAAACAAGGAUGGGUACCCAGUAAUUAUUUAGAAGAAGUCAUUGAUCCGACUCCAUCGCUUCCUCCACCCGCCUUACCAUCACGACGCCCACUUCCGCCAAUCACUCCAUCUGUCGUGGCAGAAGAUACACGUACCGCGUCAGCAGAAAUCGCUGAUGACGACGAGGAUGACGAUAACAAUAAUACUCCUGAAGAACCAAAAUCUCUUAAGGAGCAAAAAGGAAUUUCAGUAAUGCCAGGAGUAACCCAAAGCUCCGGUGGUAGUGGUGGUGUACCCGCGUGGAAAUUAGAACUAGAAGCAAGAAAAGCUGCAAAGCAAUCUUCGGAAGAAAGCAGCAAUACCACUACCACUACUACAAUAACAUCAGGCCGUAAAAUACCACCUCCCGUAAAAAACAAAACCUCAAAUGCUACGCGAAAACCUCCCGUUGUAGCACCAAAACUUGCAACUGUACCAAAGGUAUCAUCAUCAUCAAUCAAUACUACUGAUGAAUCAUCGAAAUCUACACCAUUACAGAAAAGAAAUUCUUUGUCGCGUAAUGCGGCCGCAGUCAAUCUUGCCGAAGUGCUAAAAAGUCGUCGCCCAAAAUCUCCGAUUGAAGAUGAAAAAGACGAGGAUGAUGACGAUGAAUGGAAUUGA